AUGGAAUCCAAGAAAUACGGACUUAGUAUUCCAAAAAAGGCCGAACCGAAGCAAGCGCCGCUGAGAGUAGCCAGUGUUUUCGGAGACGAUGACGACGACGAUGAAGCGGUGAGGGAUUUGAAAACUGCUAUUCAUAGCAUAGGUGUUUUGCGUUAAGCGCCGGCAUUUCGGGACAGGCGAGUGGGAGGUGCCUAAUUCGGAAAAAAAAUUUGGCAGCCCAAAGGCCUAUGAUUCAUAGUGAUUUUCAAAUUCCUACAGCCAGCAACUGCGACGAAUGCGGCUUCUGCUUCGGUGAUUCGAGUACAGAAAGCGGCAGAAAGAGAGCAUCAGAAGGCACAAGCAGAGGAUCCGUCCAUCUUCGAUUACGAUUCGAACUACGAUGAAAUCCAGGCUAUCAAGAACGAGAAGGUAUUUGAAAACAACUGGAAACCCCCAAAUCACUGCUAUUUACAGAAGGAGGAGGCCCGAAAAGCGGACAAAACUCGUGAUUCGAAGUACGCGGAGAACAUUAUGAAAGCACACGCCCGCCGGCAACUGGAACAGUUUUCUCGUGAAGAGAGGCAGCAGUUGAAGGAAAGAGAGAAGGAGGGAGACGAGUUUGCGGACAAGGAAACCUUCGUGACGGGAGCAUACAGGAAGCAGCAGGAAGAAGUGAAGAAGUACAGAGAGAAGGAGGCGCAGGAAGCGGCAUUCAAUGACAUGACGAGUGUGCAGCAUCAGAAGAUGUGGCAAAUGGGCAUCGGAAGAACACUUCUGGAUGACAUCGCACGUGAUCCGACGGCAAUCAAACAAAGAAAAGAGAAACAGAAAAAUGUGAGACAAAGGACGGACCAGUCGCCUUCUCCCACGAGAGAAUCUGAACAGAAAAAGGAGAAAGAAGUGAAAAAGUCUAUUUAUUCGGACGAAGAGGAGGAAGUUGACAAGAGAUCUCCGCCGCCACGUCAGAAGAACUUCGAAGGGGAACUGAAACCCGGAUUGAAUAAAGUGACGAAGAAGGCGACGACGCACGCAGAACGAAUCCGACAACGGAACUUCACUCCGACGCCGUCGUCUUCCGACGACGAAGGAGGCCCGCCGAGAAGAAGAAGAAGUCCGUCGCCCAGAGACAGAAGAUCUAGGGAAAGAAGCGCGAAAAAGAAUGAGGAAGAGGACGUGGAUGUGAAGCCGGAGAUUCGAAAAAUUUCGCUGAAGGAAAAACUGAAGCCGAAAAAGAUUGACAAGGUCGCAAGACUGAAAGGAUUGAAAGAGAUUCUGAAGCAGCGGAACACGGAGAAAGAGAUCAAAGAAGCCCAGCAAAGGUACUUCGAGCGGAGAGACCAGGGAAUUGUCGUUCCGCCACUGUAGCUCAAGCCUUUAUAUUUAAUUGUUUUUUCAAACUUCUGUUCAUCCACUCGGUCGUAUCUCAAUGGUAUUGUUGUCAAUGAAUAUUACGUUGUCUUACUCGUCUCUCGCUCCUUCCUCCGUGGUCAUGUUGCCGUUUAAUAUCCGUUUCUCAACUUUGUGAACUGGCGCUUAUCACUGUUUAAGGCAAAUGUCAUCAGAAGCAAGGCCGCCGAGCGAGGAGCCAACUAGCUCAAGCAACCCGAAUCAGGAAGAAUCGGGCAGGUAUGCAAUGAAUUUCCCGUCGACUGCUAACCAUAAAAUUGCAGAUUCGAGUGUAAUAUCUGCCUCGAUUCAGCAAAAGACGCCGUUGUUUCCCUCUGCGGCCACCUCUUCUGCUGGCCGUGUCUCAGUCAAUGGCUGGACACUCGCCCCAACAACCAAUUGUGUCCUGUGUGCAAAAGUGCCAUUGAUGGCAGCAAAGUAAGAGAUAAUGAGAAUAUGCGAAGAGAAACAGUCAGCGAUUGAAGGUUGUUCCGAUUUACGGGCGUGGCGGCGACUCUUCCGAUCCACGCAGCAAAGUGCCACCUCGUCCGAAGGGACAGCGAUCUGAACCGCCACCGGUAAGUGAGGCGCGAGCACACACUGUCGAACAUAAGAAAACUGCAGCAAACGUUCAUUUACCGUGCAUCUAACCCGUCCUGUCUUCUCUGUCCCCUCCGCUAACCCACACUGUUUCAUGUCUUAAUAAUUUUCAGCCAUCAUUCGCCGGCUUCAACUGGGGCGGCGAUGGUAUGCAGGGAGGAAAUGUGCACUUCUCGUUUGGAAUCGGUAUGAUGAACAUGAACCUGUUUCCGCUGAUGCUCAUGCUCCCUCUGAUUCAAGGCAUCUUUCCCCUUUCGUUCAUCGCUUCAUUCUUCGGUCAUGGUAACAAUCUACAACAGGGCGGAACACCACAGACCCCUCCGAACGGGGCCUCGAACGCGCAGAGAGUUCCGAACGACUCAGCCGCGCCAGGAUCGCGACAGGCCGAGGAGGACGAAUGGAUAUCAAAUAUUUUCAAAUACAUUGGAUUUUUUAUGCUAUUCUGGCUGCUAUUCGUUUGA